AAUGUUAUGCAGAAAAGUACUUAAUAAUAGUAAUCUACUUUCGGUUUCAAUAAAUACACGUAGGAUUCCCCUUCCUUUCGCAAUUGAUUUUUGAGCCACUUUCAUCAAGUGCGUUUUCCUUUUAUCAGCUGGUAUUUUCGGUAUAUAUAGAAAGCUGCUGAAGACAAAAAAUGGCAUCAGAUAUUUUGUUCUUAAUUGUGACAACAUUACUCUGCUCUUCAAAUCUAAUAAUGGAGUCAACAGCACAGGAAUUACGGACAGAUUCUUUGACACUGACCCAGGAAAACCCGUGCCUGAAGGACCGAACUACGACGUGUGGGGAGUGUAUAACAAUAUCUACACUGUGUGCUUUCUGUACUGAUUCCGAAUAUGAUACCAACAACUAUCCCAGGUGUGACCUGCUGACCACUCAUCAGAAACUCAUCAACAACAAACCAAGGUGUAAAGACAUCGUCAAUCCGUCAUCCAGCCUCGUCAAAACCAAGGAUGACGAACUGAUUGAUGGAGGUACAGGAAGGGACGCUGUUCAGCUUAAACCCCAAGAAAUAGAUCUUGAGUUACGACCAAAUGACCCACAGACUUUCGAUCUGACUUACCGAUUGGCUAGAAACGUUCCAGUUGACCUUUACUACCUGAUGGACCUCUCAUCCACCAUGGCCGAUGACAAAGUCACGCUGGCCAGUCUGGGAAAUAGGAUAGCUGAUGAAAUGAGCACCAUCUCCAAACAAUUUAAGAUGGGUUUUGGUUCCUUUGUGGACAAGGCUGUCAUGCCUUUCGUCAGUACGGCUAAAAACAAAAUUAACAGUCCUUGUCCAGGAUGCGAGAAAGCUUACGGAUUCAGAAAUGUAUUGCCAUUAAACCUAAAUACAACACUAUUUAGGGAAAAAGUUAAUUUAGCUACAGUAUCUGAUAGCCUGGACGCUCCUGAGGGUGGGUUUGAUGCCAUCAUGCAGGCCAUAGCUUGUAAGGGGCAAAUUGGAUGGAGAACUGGAUCUAGAAGACUUCUGUUGUUUUCAACAGAUUCUGGAUUUCACUACGCCGGGGAUGGAAAAUUGGGUGGCAUCCUUCAAGCAAAUGACGGAAAUUGUCACCUUGAUUCAAACGGAAUGUACACAGAUAGUUCUAACAAGGACUACCCUUCCUUAAGUCAGAUUGCUGUUAAAGCCAAGGAAAACAAUGUGAACCUUGUUUUUGCUGUCACGGACGAACAGAAGGAUAUAUACCACAAGCUGAUUCCAUUGAUUGCAGGAUCAGAAAUCGGAGUGUUAGAUUCAGAUUCACAGAAUAUUGUCAAACUAGUCCGAGACAAUUAUUUGGCCAUCAUAUCAAAAGUAGAAUUGAUUGUUGAAAAUUCGGACAAUAUGGAAGUGAAAAUUAGGACUAAAUGUAAAGGAACCAUUGAAAAGGAAACAAACAGAUGUGAAAAUUUGAGUCUUACAGACCAAGUGGUUUUCAGUGUGACGUUGGGAGUUAGGAGUUGUCCCCCAAAAGGUCAAGAGAUGAAGACCAUAAAGAUCAAACCCGUCGGCCUUCAUGACACCCUGACGGUCAAUGUCCGCAUCAAGUGUCAGUGCGACUGUGACUCGGACCAAAAAAUGAUGGAAAACAAAAAUCACGCGAAUUGUAAUGGAAAUGGGACCUUUGUGUGCGGAAUGUGCGUUUGUAAUGAACCGUACUUUGGCGUCAAAUGCGAUUGUGUAAAAGGGGAAGUAACUCCACCAGAAAAAGAUAGAGAAUGUAUUCAGGAUAAAAGCACGACUACCCUCUGUAACGGUCGGGGAGAAUGUAGUUGUGGAAGAUGUUUGUGCCGAGAGACGCAGAAGGGCACUAAUAACUACUACACCGGCAAAUACUGCGAGUGUGACGAUACCAAGUGUCCCUACUAUGGUGGACUCAUCUGUGGAGGUCUGAGUCGUGGACAGUGUAUCUGCGGAGUCUGUAAUUGUAACAGCGGAUUCACGGGGGACAGCUGUGGGUGUAGCACCGACAAAAGCCCCUGCAUGUACAAUGAUCUGGAGUGUAAUGGAGCUGGAGUUUGUGAGUGUGGAAAGUGCAAAUGUACAAAUCCUAAAUAUUUUGGAAGCCAUUGUCAGGAGUGUGAGGGUUGUGACCAGGAGAAAUGUCGGGCACACCAAGGCUGUGCGCUGUGUAAUAGGGUCACACCUGGUGUACUGACCCAGGAACAGUGUAAGACAGAAUGUCCGCGCACUACUGCUGUCAACACAAUCAGAAAGGACACAACUCGUUGCGAGACGUUGGACAAGGAAGGCUGUUUUGUUUACUUUACCUAUUUCUACGACGCUGAUAACAAUAUAAGGGUAGAAGUCCAAAGAGAACCAGUGUGUCCCACUAAGCCCAACGUAGGUGCUAUAGUUGGGGGAGUAUUAGCGGCCAUUUUGCUCAUUGGGAUCGGAAUCCUUAUUGGCUGGAAAGUUCUCAUCACCCUUAAAGACAGAAGAGAAUAUUUUGCGUUUUUGAAGUCGCUCGAAAACGCCAAAUGGGAAACGGCAUACAAUCCUCUCUACAAGCCAGCUACUUCGACCUUUAACAACCCUACAUUUGGGCAAAAGAGUCACCCUGUUACAUAGAGGUGAAUUCAAGACCUCAGAACAGCGGAGGAGGUUAUAAUUACAGCGUGCAGCAAGAAAAAUAAUCAAAGAAACAGAACAAAUUGUUUCCCCUGCGAACAGUUCAUUUGCAGUAUAGUCUUAAAAAAAAUCUAAUAGGUACUGAAGGAUGAUUUUUUUCCCCCAUGUUUUUUCGGGGGAAACUCCAAAUUAUUACUGUUACAUAUGUAACUCUUGAGCUACCUCCUCUGCAAAAAAUCUACCAUCUUGUAUAGUUAAAUAUGCAUGUUUACUUGUAACUUUUGAUUCUGCAUGAAAAUCUGUGUCAGGGAGGACAUGGCUGUUAGAACGUUGGAGGAGUGACGGCGAUUAUUGGACAAGCAUGAUUGUUUUCAUUUUAUUGCAUGCUAUCUUCUAGCUGAGCGAGGUCUUGAUUUUCCACUCAGUGGCAUGACUCCCAAGCCCAGUGUACAACAGGGUUGUCUUAGAAGGUCUGUAGUGCUGGCUUGAUGCAUGGAUUAACUCCCUUGUCUUAAUUGAUACAUUCCUACGAUUUUAGAAUGACUGAUCUGUUUCAGAGAUCGAUCAAUGAAACGAUAUCUGAUUUUCUUUUUGCUAAUAUGCUGGUGGGCAUGUUGAUUCAAAGCAAUACUAGUGGUCUGAUUCUGUUUUAUAAUAGAAAUUUUCUUCUUACGUGUACAUUUGGUUCGUAAAAAGAUUAUAUGUAAUUAACAUGCUUUAAUUGUAAAUGUAUAAUAAUGUCAGAUAAUGUCAGAUAGCUAUUUUUGGUUUUUUUUUUUUAAAUUUAAUGUGCAUUUGGUUGUUUUGUUCUUUGAUUUGUUUUAUGAACAAUAUAAAAUUAAAAUAUUCAGAAAACCGGUGCUUCAAAGAUUGAUGAAAUACGUUGUAUUUUGAAAUGCAUGUAGUAUCCAUUUUCAUGUUUUUCGUACUUUCAUAUUUGUAUUAACUUUUAAUGAGCAUAUCUACAUGUAAAUAUUUGCUAUUUGUAGUUUUUGUAGUUGUGUAGUUUUAAAUCUAAGAAGAAAAAAUCGAAAUCUCUGAUUUUAGGUUUUUUUUCCCUUUAUACUGUAAUUCAAUAGUUAUGUCUGUAAUAAAGAAUUAUAUUAAACAUUUAUCAGAAAUC